GACCAUUUAAUGAGGUACGUAAUUCAAUGAUAACGUUUCUCUUUACAUAUUCAAUGACCGUUGGAUCGUCAUCGCAUGGUUGCAAGAAUUCCCAGAUCAGAUUGUGAUCACAUCUCUUACGAGGUCUAUAAAUUGUAUAUAAGAAGCUGCAACGAAAAGCAUAUAUAUAUAUAGCAAAAGAAAAUAUUCAGUUUGAAGAGAUCGAAGAGAUGGUGGGGUGGAAGCAGAAGCCGCCGCCGAAGUUGGGUCUGGUGUCAAUAAUGAUGCUGCUGAUCACGAUAUGGUCGACGGUGAUUUCGCCGGCGCUGGCCUGCGCGCCAAACGGCGGCGAAUGCAAAGUCUGCAUCGUAGAGCAGUUCAAGUACGGGUGUCCAUUGUGUGUACCGGUCAUACGCUGCAUGGCGCGAUGCUUGUGGGGUGGUCGCUCAAGGUCUGUGUGUGUAAAGAGGUGUGAUUGCAACGGUGGGAGCCCAAAUCUCUCCGAUUGCAAGAAAUGCCUGUCGCGGUGCAAAUGCAGCUGUGCGGCUUAAUUAGAUGAGUUAAUUUCACGCUACUCUCUGGCUUUAGACAUAUAAAAUAAGCAUCCCUUAAUACCAAUAUGUAGAAAUUAAGUUUUUCUCUCUGAUAUUUCCAAUUUCCUUU